AUGGCACGUCCGAGAAGGCAGCGCGACCGCAGCGCCACCCGUUCUGCCAGCAACCGCAACCAUGUCCACCACCACCGCCCGGAUGAAGCGCUAGGCGUCCAUGUCCCUCCCCGGCACCAAGCUAGCGGCGUCCGUGACCCAAAGACAGGCCUAGGUCGGCAAGGGCAGGGACCCCUCCCCGGGGUCGAGCUGGCGGCGCUGCUCCGCUCCCUGGGCCUCCGCCCCGCCGUCGAGGACGAGAUCCACGCGCUCGUAUUCAUCUCGACGGCAACUCGACGAGAUCCACCGCGACGGCAGUCGCUCCAUCUUCGCCAUCGAGCUCGCGCGCUCUAUGUCGCCUCCACCACCAUGGCGACGCUCCAUGGCAACGGAUUCAUCUCCGCCUCCACCACCACGGUGACGCGGGGCCGGUAG